UUAUUUAUAUAAUAUCAGUGUUAGCUCGUAAGGCUUAUGCACAAAAUUUUCCAGUUGUUUGUGAUAAUAGAUAUCGAACAACCUUAAUUAUGCCAUCUAUUUUAUUUUAGAGCAAGUAAACUUAGUUAAAGAUAUUUUAAAGCUGCAAGUCUUGAGCGGGUAACUAAAGUUAAACGUCGUCCUAGGACAAUGUUACCAUGGAAACAGUCUACGAAGUGAAGUCUAUCGUUUGUCCUCCAUUUCAGAAAAUAAUUUCAACUUGCAAACAUUGGAGAGAUGGCUGAUCAAAUUUUAAGAAGCGUUGCCAGAUAUUCUUCUGCUGAUAGAAUUAAGUUGAUUUAGGUUACUGCAGGGCUAAUUUCACGAGCAGCGUCUCAUUAAUUCUACCCGUCCGAUUAUUGAUCAAAUCGGCUAAGGCGAUAGUGCAUUUGCAGUGCAGGCUAUGCACAGGUACAGAGACGAUCUUCCGAUGUUCCGACUCUUCUGCACACAAAUUAAAAAUUUCGUGUUUUGUUAACAUGUCUCGAAGGACUGAUUCGACUGUGUGCUCUUUAGUAAAGACAAUAAUACCAGCAGAAUUCAGGACAAUGGAAAACUACAGUGAUAUGAAGUUGGAUGAUAAUUUUAUUGGAGGAAAACAGCUGGGAGCUCCGAAAACAGUUUUGAUUCACGUAACGUUCCUAAAACUUGGAGAAAUCAACACAUUAAAGGAACAAUUCGAAGCUGAUGUAUUAAUUCGUACAAAGUGGAGGGAACCUUCCCUUGAUCGACGUGAAGCAACAGUAAAACAUACAACGAAUGAAAUCGAAUUCUCGGGAUUCUGGUCCCCGCGAAUAUUCGUUGACAACUGCAUAGGUGAUUUCAAAGAGACAUCCUCUAAAGCUUUGGAAUAUAAUGAAAAUGGCGAAGCUUAUCUAGUAGAGAGGAAAAGAGUUAAAGGAUGGUUUAUAGAAACCCUAGAGUUAUGGGAUUUUCCUUUUGAUGUUCAGGAUCUUUCAGUAACUAUAAUGUCGGAUACUCCAUCUACUGAGGUGGAUUUGGUUGAAGAUCCUGAAGAAAUUCAUCGAAUUUAUAAACAAUCAUUCGUUGAUGAACAAGAAUGGUUACUUUAUAAAUGUAUAGAAUCAGAGAAGAAAGAGUUACUUAAAGAUAGAGCUGAUCCAACUGUGAGAAGGUCUGCUUUGACAGUUAAAUGCAGAGCAGCAAGAAGACCAGCAUAUUUUCUCUACAACAUGUUUUUGGUUACCUUUCUCAUUGCCGUACUUGCUUUCGUAACUUUUGCCGUUGAACCAAAUCUGGUUCAGAACCGCUUACAAUUAAGCUUUACUCUGGUUUUGACUGCUGUUGCAUUCAAGUUCGUCUUAAAUCAAAGCUUGCCGAAGAUUUCGUAUCUGACUUAUCUUGAUAAAUAUAUUCUUGCAACACUGAUUGUCUUAGCUAUAGUUUGUUUUUGGCAUGGUGGACAGACUCUCAUUUCUGAUCGCCAGAGCGCUAAAUUUAAAGAUCAGAUUGCUCUCAUCAUAUUUGCCGGAAUAUACUUGGUUUACAAUGCCCAGUUCUUAGUUGGAAUUAUUCUAGGGCCUUGCAAGAAGAGAAGAGAAAUGAAAAAGAAAGAAGAAGAAUACAUUAAUACUGUCAAGAAACAAAGUAUUACGAGGAAAAUGUUGAUGUUGCGCAGAAAAAAGCAUAGUGCUAAUAAGAAAAACUUAACUCUAAAGAAUGAACAUCUCUCAUCUCCCCUGAAUCCUGCUAAUCCAGCCAGCGUUUGA